GUCAUCAACGACAAUUAUUUCAAUUAAAUGGUAUUAUUAAUUGCAUGUUGACGUACUACAUUAAACGGCAGUCAACGCUAAUGUAAAUUAUAUGUUAUCAACUAAUUUUAAAGUGCCUAAGACACACGACAUGUCACGCGUGUUCGUAUCACUGACGUAACAGUUUACUUCCGAGUGUCAAAGAAGGGGAAAAGUAAAUCCAGACACUGAGAAAUGAUGGUUCUUCCUUUUAUCAGAUGAAACACAAUCAUGACUACACAGCAGCUGACUUCACCAUCAGUUUCGAAACACGAAACCAGGGUUAAUCAUGUUGCCAUUGAAUUCGUGCUUGGUGGAAUUGCAACGUGUGGGGCUUGUUGCUUUACAAACCCACUCGAAGUCAUUAAGACUCGAAUGCAGCUGCAGGGAGAGUUGAAGGCCAAAGGCCAAUAUGCAGUACAUUAUCGAAAUGCAGCACAUGCCUUUUACACCAUUGCCAAAACGGAUGGGAUCUUGGCCUUGCAGAGUGGUCUGGUACCUGCCCUGUGGUACCAGUUCUUCAUGAAUGGAUUGCGUCUGGGGUCAUACCAAGUUUUAGUGAAUCUCGGAUUAACGACAGAUAAACAUGGCAAAGUUAGUUUUCUACAGAGCGUGUUGGCUGGGGCCAUGGCUGGCUGUGUAGGUUCUGCAGUGGGAAGUCCUUUUUAUAUGAUCAAAACUCAUCUGCAAUCCAAGGCUGCUAAGGAGAUAGCAGUUGGACAUCAGCAUAGCCACGAGAGCAUGUCACAUGGUUUAAUUGUCAUAUACAAGCAGUUUGGAAUAAUCGGCCUUUGGCGAGGAGUCACUGCCGCAAUGACCAGGGUAACAGUUGGGUCCGCUGCACAGCUGGCGACAUUUUCGAAGAUGAAAGAAAAGAUUGUACAAACUAAGACAUUCCAUCCAGACAGCUGGGUAAACGCACUGGUCGCAAGUAUGUGUAGUGGGGUCAUCGUGACACUGGUGAUGACUCCAUUCGACGUCAUCUCCACCCGGAUGUACAACCAAGGCACUAGCGCUGGUGGCAAGGGGCUGCUGUAUACCGGAGUGGUCGACUGCUUUCUUAAGAUCUUCAACAAGGAAGGCGUCUGGGGAUUCUACAAGGGCUGGGGCCCAUCCUACUUAAGACUUGGACCACACACAGUUCUCACUCUCGUCUUCUGGGAUGAAAUUCGUAAAUUCUACAGCAGAUGGAAAAAUGUUUUCAAAUUUUAAGGGAACAAUAACGCUCUGAAAAUAAAUAAAUUUAAGCAGUAUUUCUGCAUGCCGUACGACAGAAUUCGAUACAUGAUCAGUUUUGAAAAACACUGUAUGCCACAUAAAACCAAGAUGCAUCGAAUGACAAUACCGUAUAAUAUACAAGUAAUUUCAAGAAAAAUGUGUACCAUAUGCCACUUAUGCAUGUGAAAGCAGAUUUAACCUGUUUCUUAAACAUGCCUUUUUGAUUGUAGUAGAUAGCAGAUGCAUCCAAUGUCUAAAUCGUAUAAUAUACGGUACAAAUAAAUACCAGAAAAAUGUGUGCCAUAUGCCACUUGUGCAUCUAAAAGCAGCUGUAACCUGUGUCUUAAACAGGCCUUGGUAAUUGUAGUAGCUAAACCAGAUGUCUUAAGGCUGGUAGGUACUGGGUUCACAUCCCAGUACUGGAGGCAUGUACCCAGGACAAUCUGCUUGAACCUUAAUUAGCUACAAGCAUGGAAAUCCAGUUAAAACUAAGUUUAAAAGUCAUGUUCUUCCAUUAGCCGCAUAAUACUCAAAUUACUGUUUACAAAUGUAGUUUAGCAACAUAAAAUAAAUAUUUUCAGGUUAGCACUGGGAACAUUUUGUUCAGUAUCGCAUUGCAAUUCGCUACGAAAGUUUUUCAGAGAUGGCUACACAAUUUUAAAAUAUUAAACAGAAACUGCUAUUAAAUUUUCAAUUGACUAGACAUAUUGCUAUUCAUGACCUUGAAAACAAAAUGUUCCCUGUAGUAAUUUAGAUCAUAGUUCCACCAAAAGUGUUCAAAUACAUAUCGGUAUGUGAUAUUUUUAAGUGCCAAACUGUAGCACUUCUCUCCAAGCCAAAAUUAAUAGUUAAAAAAGAAUACAGUAAUAAUAAAACUGCUGAUUUUUCAUAU